UUUACACCCAGGAAAGCUGCGCGGCCGACACUAGCAACACGAGUGUUGACAUGACAGUGGAUCUGUAGCAAGGAGAAGGAGCGGCGCGUCGGUGACAGCGCGGUGGGCUGACCGCAGAAACACACCGGAGUCAACGGAACCGGACUUUAGACUCACAUGGCUUCUCUAAACAGCGCAGACCGACGAGCUUUUGCUCUAAAAAUCAACAGGCACUCUUCUGCUGAGAUUAGACGACACUUCGUUGGGAACAAUGUUCCUCAACACAGCCGAACCAACUCCAACGCUUCGGCCUCCGUCUACCUAACUGUGCCUCAGUCAUAUGAAGCAGUGGAGCCCUUAGACCUGGAGGAAUUCCUGAUGUCACAGCUAAAAAGUGGAGACUCUGCCCUGAUGCAGGAACUUGGGGACUUUCCUGAGGAUGACCUGAAGGUGGAGCAGGUGGAGAAGGAGUGCCGCACUGUGCGACACUCUGUCCCUGAAGAUGGACUGGAGUUGGAUCCACAUGUGAGAGACUGCGUAAAGAGUUACAUUCAGCCGUGGCUUCUCGUCUCUAGAAGGUGCCAGGGCGAUGGCUGGAGUGCUUAUUCGGAACGUGCAGGCCUACACAAACUCCUUCGAAAACAAACCUUUGAGUCCGACAUGGAGCCAUCAGACAACCAACAGAAGCCAGUCAAGUCUCCCACACUAGCGGGGCUGAGUGAUGACUCUGGUCGCACACUGACCUCCUCCGACUUUAACUUGCGGUGUUUGACCCCGGACCAGAGGGUGGAGGGGUUGCUGGCGUUCAGCAGCCAUGAUGAGCUUGACCGCUUCAACCAGGAGGCCCGGCAUAGCAACAGGCACCCUGAGCUGUUUGCUCUGUACCCUCCCGCCGACGAGGAAGAUGCGGUGGAGAUCCGGCCCAUCCCUGACUGCCCCAAAGAACACACUGGAGACCGCAUCAUGAUCCGAUGCCAGGCCAUCAAGUUUGAGAUUGAAAUUGAGCCCAUAUUUGCCACUAUGGCUUUGUAUGACCUGAAGGAGAAGAAAAAGAUAUCAGAGGAUUUCCAUUGUGAUCUGAACUCGGAAUACUUCAAAAACUUCUUGAAACCUCACACUCCUAAUGUGGAUCAUUCUACUCUCGCCAGAUCUGCUAUCUUCUCCGUCACAUACCCUUCCCCAGAUAUUUACCUUGUCAUCAAGAUUGAAAAGGUUCUCCAACAGGGAGAGAUCGGUGAAUGUGCUGACCCCUACAUGACACUGAGAGAAUGUGACUCAACAAAGAACAAAGACAAGCUUGAGAAGCUGCGAGGGCAGGCAGAGACAUUCUGCCAGAGGCUGGGCCGAUAUCGUAUGCCGUUUGCCUGGGCAACUGUUAACAUAAUGGAGGUCAUCUCCACUGCUACGAUAGACCGUGACGUCACAGACUCAGACAGCCUUAAAGGAGGUAAAUCCAGUAGCAUUGACCGUCGGGCAAUGCUUCCAAGGAGGAAUUCUGAACGUUUCAAUACAAUUGAUGAUCAAUUUUGCAACGUUUCUGCCUUCAAGCCGGCCACCAUCACAAUCAGCACCAUCUUUAAACAGGAGGGGGAUCGUUUGAGUGAUGAAGAUUUGCUCAAGUUUUUGUCUGAGAUCAAGAAAACCUCCACUCCUCAGAGGAGAGUCAAGACAAUACCAGGUUCCAUAAAACUGGACAUGUCUCCAAUCCACGACACACCACACGCAUGUUUGUCCCCUGAGCUCAUCCCUCUGAUACCGGUGGCUGAGAAGAACAUCCGGCCAAUCAAAGAAGUGCUGGAGUUCCCAUCCAGUGAGGUUUAUGUCCCUCACAACAUUUACAGGAACCUGCUCUAUGUCUACCCCCAGAGGCUAAACUUUGUCAACAGGCUUACAUCAGCAAGAAACAUCACUAUCAAGAUGCAGUUUAUGAGCGGAGAGGACCUGAGCUGUGCCCUGCCUGUCAUUUUUGGGAAAUCAAGUGGCCCUGAAUUUUUAAAGGAAGGCUACAACCCUGUUACCUACCAUAACAAGUCCCCAGACUUCUACGAGGAGGUGAAGCUGGCUCUUCCAGCCCGUCUGACAGAGCGACAUCACCUGCUGUUCACGUUCUACCACAUCAGCUGCCAGCAGAAACAGAACCAGAGUGGCAGCUGCGAGACGCUCAUUGGAUAUUCAUGGCUGCCCAUGCUGAAUAAUGACCGACUGCAGACUGGUCAGUUCUGUCUGCCCAUCGCCUUGGAGCGACUACCUCCCAACUAUUCACUGCACACACCUGAGAGACUUCCUCCACAGAACCCUCCGGUCAAGUGGAUGGAGAGUCAUAAAGGUCUUUUCAACCUUGAGAUCCAAGCUGUGUCUUCUGUACACACACAGGACAACCACCUGGAGCGGUUUUUCACCCUCUGCCAUGCUCUUGAGGGAGGAGCUACAUUCCCGCUGCGGGUCAGGGAGGAGAAGAUUCCAGAAAACAAGCUGGAGCAUGAGCUGAAGCUCAGCAUCAUCUCCCUGUCCUCCUCCAGACUAGAGCCUCUGGUUCUCUUCCUCCAUCUGGUGCUAGAUAAACUCUUCACCCUCAUCAUGCAGCCCAUGGUCAUCGCUGGCCAGACCGCUAAUCUGGCCCAGAUAGCCUUCGAGUCAGUGGUGUCUAUUGUCAACAGUCUUCAUAACAGUCAGGAGCUGAUCAGGGACCAGCAGGGUAGGAACAGCCUCUUGGCAACCUACCUUUACUGGGUGUUUCGUCUGCCUGACCCCCCUCGAGAAGCACAGAAUGCAGAUUUAGGGAAUAUACCAUCGGCAGAGAGCCGAUACAGCACCAUGGGUCGGGCCACAGCAGCCACAGUCGGCUCUAUGCUUCUUGAAUCCAGAAUCCGCAGCAGCAGUAACCCUGACAUCCCCGCUCCACACACUUCUGCUGAAGAUGCUGAGGUCAAAAACAUCCUCUCUUCCAAGGGCCACAACAACCCAGGCAGCCGCAUGUCCACCAUUGUGGACUUAAACAACCACCAGAACUCCACAGGAAACACCAGGCCCUCCAACAGAAAGCAGUUUCAUGAGGAGUUGGCCCUGCAGAUGGUGGUCAGCACUGGGGUCUGCAGAGAGAAUGCUUACAAAUAUGCCUGGUUCUUCUUUGAGCUGCUGGUGAAAAGCAUGGCUCAGCAUGUGUCUGAGUUGGACAAGCAGAAUGUCCCUAGGAGAAGCCGUUUCUCUGACCGAUUUAAAGAUGACAUCACCACCAUUGUUUCAGUGGUCACAGCUGAGAUCGGGACCAUCCUUGUAAAACAACAAAAGGAAGUAGAGCAAGCAGAGAAAGUCAACAUCAGCCUGGCAUUCUUCCUCUACGACCUGCUUUCUCUCAUGGACCGAGGAUUUGUCUUUCAGCUGGUAAAAAACUACUGCAACCAGAUGUCAGCUAAGAGUGUGUCAAUGCCGACAUUGAUCAGCAUGCGUCUUGAGUUCCUGCGAAUCUUGUGCAGUCACGAGCACUACCUCAACCUGAGCCUGUUCUUCAGCGGCCCUGCCUCCGCUCCUGGGUCACCGUGUCCCUCUAUCUCCUCACAGAGUUCCAGCUCGUGUAGUUUCCAGGAGCAGCAGAGGAUCCUGGGGCUGUUUGAGCUUUCUCAGGAAUUCAAACAGCAGCACUACCUCACCGGUCUGCUGCUCACAGAACUCAGUGCUGCCCUAGACAUGGAGUCAGAGGGGGGAAAGGUCCAGAGAAAGGCUAUCAAUGCAAUCUACAGCCUGCUGUGCUCCCAUGAUCUCGACCAUCGCUGUAUUAAACCUGAGGUCAGAGCUAAGGUGGCUGCUCUUUACCUCUCCCUGGUUGGGAUUAUUAUUGACUCCACCAACUACCUGGACUUCACAGUUACUGACACGCGCGGUGGGAAAAACAAGACGGGCGGACCUGAGGAUGACCUUGAAAAUGUCCCACCCAUCAAUCAGUCUGUUGCCAUGGCGAUUGCCGGGAAUCCCUUCAACACGCUCGGACGGAAUGCACUCGUUUCCAUGGCAUCUAUGCAAGGUAAAUCCAUAGCCACCCUGGCAGCUGACACCAGUCGCCACCUGUUGGUGUGUUUCCUGUGGGUGAUGAAGAACGCAGAUAAGAGUCUGAUUCAGCGCUGGACUAUAGAUAUGCCUCCCUCACAGCUCAACAAGCUGCUGGAGCUCCUCACUAUCUGUGUAUCCUGCUUUGAGUAUGGGGGAAAGCAGAGCGGUGACAAAGUGAGCACCCAGGCCCUGCAGAAAUCUCAGCAGGCCAAGCUGCAGCUGGAAGAAGCCUUGCUGAGAGGCAUGGGAGCCCGUGGAGAGAUGAUGAAACGAGUUGGAGGAAUGGAUAGGACCAUGGGUCAGCGAGAGAACCUACGAUGGAGGAAAGACCUCACUCAGUGGAGACAGACCAACGACAGACAGGAUAAGACUAAAGCGGAGUUGGACCAGGAGGCUAUUAUCAGUGGAAACUUAGCCACUGAGGCUAACCUUAUAGUGCUGGACCUGCUAGAAACCAUUGUGCAGGCAGUACCGUUGGCUGAAUGUAAGGACAGCAUGGUUGGCGGGGUUUUGAAGGUGUUACUUCACUCUCUCACCUGCAAUCAGAGUACCACUUUCCUCUCUCACACCUUCAGCACACUCAGAGCGCUUGUCGUUAAGUUUGGGGACCUGUUGUUUGAGGAGGAGGCAGAGCAGUGUGCAGACCUGUGCCAGAAGGUGCUUCAGUACUGCAGCAGUCCUCUGGAUGAGAACAGGAGUCAGGCCUGUGCCACCCUAUACCUCAUCAUGAGAUACAGCUACAGCAAUGCCAGUAACUUCUCAAGAGUGAAGAUGCAGGUCACCAUGUCUCUGGCCUCCCUGGUUGGCAAGUCCUCAGACUUCCAAGAGGAACACUUGCGGAGCUCACUGCGCACCAUCCUUGCCUACGCAGAGGAGGACACUGAGAUGCAGAACACUCAGCUGCCCUCACAGGUAGAUGAGCUUCUAAGAAACCUUAACAGUAUUUUGUCAGACACGGUGAAGAUGAGGGAGUUCCAGGAAGAUCCUGAGAUGCUCAUGGACCUCAUGUAUAGGAUAGCAAAGGGCUACCAGACGUCUCCUGACCUCCGUCUGACCUGGCUACAAAACAUGGCAGAGAAACACAACAACAGGAAGUGUUACACUGAGUCGGCUAUGUGUCUGGUACACGCUGCUGCACUGGUUGCCGAGUAUCUCAGCAUGCUGGAAGAUCACAAGUACCUGCCUGUUGGCAGUGUCACUUUUCAGAACAUCUCCCCCAACGUGCUGGAGGAGUCAGCAGUGUCGGAUGACAUCCUGUCCCCGGACGAGGACGGGGUGUGUUCAGGACGCUACUUCACUGAGAGCGGCCUGGUGGGAUUGCUCGAGCAGGCUGCUGAGCUCUUCAGCAAUGGUGGGCUCUUUGAGGCAGUAAAUGAGGUCUACAAGAUCAUCAUACCAAUUCUAGAGGCUCACAGAGAUUUCAGAAAACUGGCCUCCACUCAUGACAAACUGCAGAUAGCCUUUGAUAACAUCAUUAAGAAGGGCCACAAGAGGAUGUUUGGAACAUAUUUCCGGGUAGGUUUUUAUGGGGCCAAGUUUGGCGACCUAGACGAACGGGAAUUCAUUUACAAGGAGCCAGGGAUCACACAUCUGCCUGAGAUAUCACACAGGCUGGAGAAUUUUUACAGUCAGUGUUUUGGAGAAGACGCAUUUACGAUGAUCAAGGACUCCACACCAGUGGACAGAAAACAACUCAACCGCAACAAGGCCUAUAUCCAGAUCACCUACGUGGAGCCCUACUUCGAUGACUAUGAGAUGAAAGACCGGCUGACAAACUUUGAGAAGAACUUCAACCUGCGGCGUUUCAUGUACACCACUCCCUUCACCAAAAGCGGACGGCCGCGGGGGGAACUCAAUGAGCAGUACAAGAGAAAGACCAUCCUCACCACCAUGCAUGCCUUCCCCUACGUCAAGACUCGCAUCAACGUCAUCCAGAAAGAGGAGUUUGAUCUGACUCCUAUUGAAGUGGCCAUAGAAGACAUGCAGAAGAAGACAAGAGAGCUAGCAGUUGCCACACAUAGAGAGCAGCCUGAUGCUAAGAUGUUGCAGAUGCUGCUACAAGGCUCUGUGGGAGCAACUGUUAACCAGGGCCCAUUGGAGGUAGCCCAGGUCUUCCUGAAUGAGAUCCCAGCAGACCCGAAGCUCUUCCGUCACCACAAUAAACUGCGAUUGUGUUUCAAAGAGUUUAUAAUGAGGUGUGGUGAGGCAGUUGAGAAGAACAAGCACCUGAUCACUUUUGACCAGAAAGAGUACCAGCAGGAGCUGAAAAAGAACUAUAACCGCCUUAGAGAGAACCUGAGGCCGAUGCUGGAGAGGAAGAUUCCUGAGCUCUAUAAACCCAUCAUCAGGCCUCGGCUGGAGAACAGGGAUUCCUUCAAACGUCUAAGUUUCCGCAAAACUCAGGAGGAAAACUCCUGAGAUGCCAUGGCUUGUCUAAGAGUGAGCGCUAUGGAGAGGAAGGGGAGGUUGUCAAACAACUGUGACAGGAAAAGAGAAGAUGAGAUGAAAGAGGAGAACAAUGAGGAAAGGAGCUGCUGGUGGUACCUUUGCACUCCUCUGCGCUGGAGCAGUACUUUCUCUCCACAAUAGAGGAGUCUUAGUUUCUCAACAGUUCAGCAGUGUUUAUUAACGUCUGUUGAACGUCCACUUUUGAGAUUUUUUUGUUGUUUGUUACAGGAGGCAAAAUGGAGAGUGAGCACAUAAACAUAAGGAGGUGGGAAACUCAAGCAAAGUGUAGCUUAUGGAGCACUUCACUGUUAAAUCUUCAGAUGCUUUGGCUCUGUUGAUUUCUCUUUUUAUAUAAUGCAAGUCCUUACAAUGCUGCAAACGUUUCCUGUGGGUUGGUUCCUCUCUGUUGUCCUUGCUGGCCCAGGGCCUGUAUGUGUGCUAAUAAUGCUUAUGUCCUGUGUGUAUAUGUAUGUAAAUGUGUGAAUGGAUGUCUGUUUUUUUAAGGUAAUGUAUGGAGCAGAAAGUUGUUGGGGUCAUACUGAAGUCCCUUUGUACUUAAUAAUGAUAAAUGAUUCUGUUGUGUGCUAAAAUGCCUCUGAAAUUCCACUCUGGGGGUGUCUAGGCAUGAAAUGGAUGGGAUGGAUUUUUGCACUGGAGAUAUAGACACACUUUCCAGUGUUAGCAGUUGAGGCCAUUAUCAUCUUAAUAUUGUAAUAAAUACAGUAACUGGCCAUGUAGCUAAUGGAAGAGUUUAACUUAUUGAGAGUUAUCUGAUGUAAUUACACAGGAGGCAGAUAGACUUAUCUGAAACUUUUCUUUAAUCCACAUUUUGUAUAGUAGAGGUAUUAUGACGGAUCGUUAAGAUGUUUACAAAGUAUGACAAAACAGUUUUGCUUUACAAUUUGAUGGAAAUGUGUUUUUAGGUAAAUAACAGCAAUAAAGGAUUCAGUGACUAAGCUGUAACAAUCUCAGUGUAUGUUCUAUUAGCUUCAGUACCUGUUUGUAAAUAGUCCACUUCAUACAAUAGACACAGUGCCAAAUUGAAUUCCUUACUUACUUACUAAGGAACUGAGAUACUUAACGAGAAAUGUAACAUUUCGUCACUCCACAUAUCUGUGCUUUGCAUUGUGAAUUAUGUUUACUCCAUAUGUCUGAAUAAAUCCCAGAGGAGAAAUGUACUAAAUCUUUGGCGUAUUGGCAAUUUUAUUUGAUUUGACAUUCAUGAAAAAACUCAUAUCAUUGUUGUUAUGUUGCACCUCAUCAUGCAUUUUAGUAAUGAAAGCCUUUAUGCUCUGUUUCUAGGUACAUCUCUUAUUUUGUAACUGUAGAAUGUUGAAAAUGACUAAAUAAGAUAAUAAAAGUCAUACAGGGUGUGUAUUUAUUGUGAGUAUUAAUUCAAAUGUAUACCUAUUUUUGUAAUAUGCAAUACAUUGCUAAAAUGUGUAGAUAUAAAAUCUGUUUUGUAGGCACUGGAGACUGCAUUUAUGCUUCUUUAUCUUUACAUCAUACCUGUUUUGUUUCAUUAAACGUGGAUUUUCGGUGUCAUGCAUAGCCAACAAUGCUGUCGAAGCACCUGAAUAAAAUCUAAUAUGCACAUUUGUCA